UAAAACAAGUUGUAGUGCUUGAAGUAGAUGAUUACCCAAGAACACCCUAAAGUUGCCAAAAAGACGAGAGAGAAAGGGAAAGAAUGCAGGCAUUCAGAGCCUCUCCUAUUGCAAACACCACACAACCUGCUUACAGCAGAAGCGCCUCUCAGCUGUUUCAUCAACAGAAACACUCUUCUUCCUCCUCACAACGUUAUUCCUACUGUCUUCCUUCAUUGGUGCCGUGUAUCUCUAGUUUUGUUAAUCCUAUUAAAGCAAUGGCCGAUGCGAAAACUUUAUCUAUUCCUAAGGAUGAUUUGCCGUUGCAUUCUUCAGGCAAGAAGCAGGCAUUGAUAUCAUUGUCAGACAAGCGGGAUCUAGCUUUCCUCGGAAAUGGGCUUCAAGGCUUGGGGUAUUCUAUCGUUUCAACUGGUGGAACAGCAUCAGCUUUAGAUGCAGCAGGUAUCUCUGUGACAAAAGUGGAAGAACUUACUUGCUUUCCAGAAAUGCUUGAUGGUCGUGUGAAAACCUUACAUCCUAAUGUACAUGGUGGUAUUCUGGCUCGAAGAGAUCAGAACCAUCACAUGGAAGCUCUUAGUAAACAUGGAAUCGGGACAUUUGACAUAGUGGUGGUGAACUUGUAUCCUUUUGUUGAGAAGGUUACUUCUACCAGUGGAAUUACAUUUGAAGAUGGCAUAGAGAACAUUGAUAUUGGUGGGCCUACCUUGAUCAGAGCUGCUGCGAAGAAUCACAAGGAUGUUCUGGUAGUUGUUGAUGUCAAGGACUAUCCUGCCCUCCUUGAAUUUCCGCAAGGAAAAGAACAUGAUGAGCAGCAGUUCCGAAGGAAGCUUGCUUGGAAGGCUUUCCAGCAUGUUGCUUCUUAUGAUUCGGCCGUUUCGGAGUGGCUGUGGAAGCAAUCAGGAGGAGGGGAUAAGUUUCCUCCAAGCUUAACAGUGCCUCUCAAACUGCAAUGUUCGCUUCGAUAUGGUGAAAACCCUCAUCAAAAAGCUGCAUUUUAUGCCGAUAAGAGUCUAUCGGUGGUGAAUGCUGGUGGAAUUGCAACUGCUAUACAACACCAUGGGAAGGAGAUGUCUUAUAAUAACUAUUUAGAUGCAGAUGCAGCUUGGAACUGUGUGUCAGAAUUCAAGCGUCCAACAUGUGUGAUUGUAAAGCAUACAAAUCCCUGCGGGGUAGCGUCACGGGGCGACAUUCUUGAAGCAUAUAGGCUAGCCGUAAAAGCAGACCCAGUUAGUGCUUUUGGUGGUAUAGUAGCCUUCAAUGUGGAAAUUGAUGAGGAUCUAGCAAAGGAAAUCCGAGAGUUUAGGAGCCCAACAGAUGGUGAGACAUGGAUGUUCGAGAUAGUGGUUGCACCCAAGUAUUCGGAGAGGGGUCUUGAGGUCCUCCGUGGCAAGUCGAAGACCCUGAGGAUCCUUGAGGCAAGCAAGAAUGAGAAAGGAAAACUUUCACUAAGACAGGUUGGUGGGGGCUGGUUAGCCCAGGACUCUGAUGAUUUGACCCCGGAAGACAUUGAAUUUGGUGUUGUCUCCGAAAAGAGUCCGGGAGAAAGCGAGCUUCAGGAUGCAGAGUUUGCAUGGCUAUGUGUUAAGCAUGUCAAGAGCAAUGCCAUUGUAAUAGCCAAGAAUAACUGCAUGUUAGGGAUGGGGAGUGGACAACCAAACCGUCUGGAGAGUUUGAGGAUAGCUUUCAGAAAAGCAGGAGAAGAGGCUAAAGGAGCAGCUUUGGCUAGUGAUGCCUUUUUCCCAUUCGCAUGGAAUGAUGCGGUGGAAGAAGCAUGCGAGAAAGGGAUUGGGUUGAUCGUAGAACCAGGUGGCAGUAUCAGAGACAAGGAUGCCAUUGAGUGUUGCAACAAGUAUGGGGUCCCUCUCCUCUUCACCAAAGUGAGGCACUUCAGGCACUAGCAUCACUUGGGCUGAAUAUUGAACGGAUUCGGGCCCAGAAAAAUCAAUUUUGUUUUAAUAGAUCUGGCCAGGCAAACCUGGAUCAAUUUAUAACCGGGCCCGAAGUAAUCCUGGCCCGACCUGUUUGUUACCCUACUCUUAACUAUUGCUUCCCUUUUGGGUUGCAUCUCCAUCUCUUUUGGCUGGCUUUUUUUACUGUAUUAAUUAUUGUGGCAGGAACUGCAAGAGGUAUGCAUGGUUUACAGACCUUGAGAAGAAUAUUUAUUCUUGUAUGGUUCUCUUUACCAUCCGUUGGGUGGCCAACAAAAUAGGAGAAGAAAGCAGCAGCAUCUGCAUAGGACAAUGAUUGGAUGGCUAGGAUCUUCUCAUCUGAAAAUUUGGGGCAUUUCUCGUUUCAGUCGGGGUUGCUCUGUUCGAGUUUUUUUUGAAAUGAACUGCGACGUGCUAAUAUUAGAAGAAUGUUAGGUGCAUAAGAUUAACUGUCCAGAUUGUGUUCAUUGAAGCAUGUGGCCCACUUGUAUGGACUGGAUGCAACAGGGCACCAGGUGCUGAUGCAUCAGGUACCAAUGAUUCCUCUGGCCAGUAUUUGGUGAAUAUUUUAUUUUUCUUGCGUUUUGUUGUUCAUCCCAACUCCAUGUAAUUUCCAGAUGUGUUUUAUGUAUUUGAUGGUGUACUGUA